AGGUAGAUUGUUGAUUUGUAAGUUGCUUGUUGUUUGGGGAGGAGUGCGCCAGGGCGUCAGGCUGAACGUUUGUGGGGUUUGUUCGGCAACUAUGGUAUUUCCUGUUAGUUUUUUUCCGCGGUUUUUUCGUAUGAUUUUUGUAUGUCUCCUAGUCUCGCUCAGGCCCUGCCUUUCUCUGGAAAUGUGAUGACGAGGUGAAAAUGGCGGACCUUUCGAAAUGCAAUCCCUGCCUAAUAAUACACCCGAGCCCAGUCUGAAAAGACCGAACCGGCUUUGAGUUCUGCCCGGCCGCUUAGACAUAAAAUGACACGACCUCCCUUUUCGCACCCAGAUGUCACGCUAAUAACACUUCAGGUUUCUCUGCCAAGCACAGACUAUUCGGGUGCAAAGGCCUGCAGUUCUCCUUUUCUUUAGAGAUCGUUUGGAGAGACGUGGCUCUCUGAAAGAAUACAGUAAGAUCGAAUUAAUUGUUAAAUUCAGAAGAAUGUCCAUGCCAAGACGAGAUAACUAUCAUCAUGUAACAACAGAAGAUGUUUUGAGUCAAAAAUCUGAAGCAGAUUACCCAGUGCUUGCCGAGUAUCUGCAUUAUUAAGAUGGAAGUGGUGUCAGCUGAGGUGAAUAGCCUGCUACCUGAGGAGAUAAUGGACACUGCCAUCAUCGAAGAUGAUAGUAUUGAGGCUAUCACAAUAACCUCAGAGCAUGGUGAUCCAGUUCCCAUGGAAACUGAGCUCGAGGAAAUUAUAGAUCCAAAUGAAGGCAAGAACGCUGAGAUUCUGUCGAGCAUUGCAGACCAGGUCACUGUGUUGACAAAUAGUACUACACCAUUUGUUUUAAGUGACCCAAGUAUAAAGAUGGAAAUUAAUACUGUUGACAGUACGUCAAAGGCUAUUGGUAACAUCAGCCUCCCAAGCACAACUGCUGGAACACCCAUAUCUUUAGCAGCAAAUCAGAUUGUUCUUAACCCAGUAUCUGAACACUCUGAUUACAGCAUCUCCAGCCAAGCUAUAAAGUCAGAACCAGUAGGGCAGCAACUGGUAGUGACUACUCUUGGAAAGUCCCGACAGUCCAUCGUACUUUCAUUGCCACCAAGUCAAGGAGCUCACCUUCAAGUCUCAUCUCAAUUACCAGCAAUGGACCCACAGGGGCAGAAACAAAUAAAGGUAGUUACUCUUGGUGGAAGAGUUGCGGGAAAGACACUAACUGGAGUAUCAAAUAUGUUGGUUUCUGGGAAUCCUUCUCUAAAUACAUCAGUUCAGCCUACACAAAAUCAGAUUGCCAAGAAAUGCACUUCCACUUCUGCUGCAGGACCAAUGAUCACAAAAUUCAUUAUUGCCAAACCCGUCCACAACAAGAACAUUGUAACAGGUAGAGUUCUUCCUCAAAACGCGCUUGGAACUGCCCCAAACACUAUCACUAUGUCUGAAGGCAGUGCUAUUGGGUCCAAUUUCAACUCUGCAGCACAACAGACAGCCAACAAGAUUGCUAUCUCUCCACUGAAAUCUCCAAAUAAGACAGUGAAGCCAGCUGCCCAAGCACUAACAAUGGGAACAGUGAAUGCUCCCCAGUUCAAAACCAUCAUUCCUCUGGCAACACCACCCAACGUUCAGCAGAUACAAGUACCAGGGAGCAAGUUUCAUUAUGUACGGCUAGUUACUGCAACGACAGCCAGUGGCACCCCUCAGACAGUCAGCUCGAGCUCCAGUGCCAACACACAACCUUUAUCACAAGCGAAGACAGUUGUGCUGAAUCCACAAGUUCGUAUGUCUGUCCCAAUUGCACCAGCACAAGGCAUUAAAAAUGUGGUUCCUAAACCCAUUGGCAGCACGACACAAAUAGUUACUACCAGCCAACCUCAACAGAGACUCAUUAUGCCUGCAACUGCAUUGCCACAGAUCCAGCCUAACUUAACAAAUCUCCCACCAGGCACUGUUCUGGCACCAGCUCCUGGAACUGGCGGUGUGGGCUAUGCAGUUGUCCCAGCUCAAUAUGUUACACAGUUGCAGCAGACCUCCUAUGUAUCAAUAUCCAGUAACAAUGGAUUUUCUGGAACAUCGAACAUUCAGAGUCAAGCAAAGCUCCCAAUCAAUGGGUCAUCGACAUCAGAGUCAGGAACAAGACCUCGGAAACCUUGUAAUUGUACAAAGUCUCAGUGCCUCAAGCUAUACUGUGAUUGUUUUGCAAAUGGAGAAUUUUGCAAUAACUGCAAUUGUACUAACUGCUUCAACAAUCUGGAACAUGAAGCUGAGCGGCUAAAAGCAAUAAAGGCAUGUCUUGACAGAAAUCCAGAAGCAUUUAAACCUAAGAUUGGGAAAGGAAAGGAAGGUGAAUCUGAUAGACGACACAGCAAAGGAUGUAACUGUAAAAGAUCAGGGUGUCUGAAAAAUUACUGUGAAUGCUAUGAGGCAAAGAUAAUGUGUUCAUCAAUAUGUAAAUGUAUUGGCUGUAAAAACUUUGAGGAAAGCCCUGAGCGGAAGACCCUCAUGCAUUUGGCAGAUGCCGCAGAAGUGCGUGUCCAGCAACAGACGGCUGCAAAAACAAAGCUUUCAUCACAAAUAUCUGACCUACUGACCAGAACAAUGCCAGCAGUUACAAGUGGUGGGGGAAAGUUGCCAUUCACAUUUGUGACAAAAGAAGUGGCAGAAGCAACUUGUGAAUGCCUUCUGGCACAAGCUGAAGAGGCAGAGAAGAAUAGUCAGACAAAAGCUGUCACGGAACGCAUGAUCCUGGAAGAAUUCGGGCGCUGUUUAAUGCAGAUUAUAAACUCAGCAGGAAAAGCCAAAGGAGAUACUUGUGCUCUGAGUUGCUGAUCCACCAGUUGCUGUCCUGUGGAAACUGAACAGGAAAAAUCAUCUGUGAAAACUCAGCUAAUGGCUUUUUCCUAGAUUAAAACUGAAAAGUUUUGGGCUUACCAUGAUAUUUUACAGCUGUAUGGUUAGCAAGAACUUUCAAUAAGUCAGAUUAUUCCUUUUUGGCAGACUUUGUGUGCAUUGUCUAACUGAGGUGCCUUUUUUAAACUUAAUGCUUAGAAUACAGAGUAAGUAGAUUUUAUGAUGUAAAAUCAGUGUGUGAAUAUGCAAAACCGUUGUGAAGAAGACACCGUUUUCAUGCUAGUGGUGACAUUUUAUAUAUUUUCCAUCCCUCUAUGCAAGGUUGCUUUCUCUUUGACCACCUUUUCCCCAGGAUGUUAUUGACACUUUUUGGGCAUUCUGAUCCCUCAGUGAAAAGUGUCUUGUUAGUUUGUGGUAUAUUCUGUCUCUGCAUUUGAUAGUGGAAGAUUUGAAUACUAUACCUACAAUUAAAGAUACCCUCAAAUUACUUUCCAAAAGCAUUAUGAAGAUGAUAAUGAUAAUUAAAAAUGUAACAGAAUCUGCGGAUGGAAAUACGGUUUUGUGUGGCUGAAAAGCUUUUGCAUUACAUAUCAUCUUGGUGUUAAUGUAAAUGUGUAUCUCCUUAUGAGAUGCAUCAUCAAUUAUUGAGUCAUUGAGUCAUUAGCACUUUGAAAAUCUGUUAACUUGCUGUGAGCUAGUACUGAAGGGACUAUCGGCUUUAUAACACUUUGAUCAACUGAUGGCUUUGCGCUAUAUCAGACAUGGCAAAUUCAUGUAUUAGGUAUAUUUGAUUAACAUUGACUUUCACCCUCUGACCAUUUUGUUGACUUUUUCUCCACCUCUGAACAAUACUGCCAAUUAAGAUCACAAGCUGGCACUGCAGUGUAGGUUGUAGCAGGUUGUCUGUUUGUGUGUCUCCCUUGCUCUCCAAUACCAUCUCACUCACUCACUCACUCACUCUCUUCCCUUACCUUCCCUCCCCUCCCUCCUAUUAUUGGCUAUUUGUGAGCUGCCAUACCAAAGUGCAGGCAUUUGCCUGUGAAAGGGGAAAACAAUAAAGAGCUACCCCUUGAUUUGUAGAAAUAGUAUUGGCAGAGGUCCAAAAACACAUUCUCAGCUAUGAACAGAGAACAGGAAAAGGGGAAGAAAUGCUAGAACAGUCAUCACUUUUAUCUUUCCAAAAGAAAGUCUUCUGAGAAACAUAAUCUUGUCACACAAGGGUCACCUAACAUUGUGAAAAACACACAAUUUUUAGGAUAAGCUUUUUUUUUACAUAAAAGCAUAUUUGCACGACCUUUUUGUAAAGUGUGCUCUGUUGAAUAAAGUUGCUAUAACCAUUUCGAUGAUUAAUGAAUGGAGGUAGAAGCCUGAAAGUGAAUGCUUCUCUUUGAACAUGUCAGCAUGCCCAUUUGCAAUGACAGUGCAAUAUGCAAAACUUCAAGGCACACUUUUUAAAAACUGUUUUUGAAAAAUGUAGGCAAAACUGAUUAUUUCCCUUAUUUUAAUUUGAAAUUUUAAAGAAGUUUUCUAAAGUAUUACUACAUAAUUCUGCUGUAGAAAGACAUGUUUGCCUGUUUGAAUCAAAAUUAAUAGUCAACUUAGUGAAAUUUGGUACCAGCAGUGUACAGUGUCCUAAUCUUCUCAAAACAUUUUUGUUAAUUACUGCUAUUUUCAUAUAACUUGAGGAAUAGCCUGUUAACAUACAGAUCGACAAGGAUGUUUUUAAAAAGGUAUUUUUACAGAAUGUUAGAACAGGGUAUUUGAUUACAGUCCAUACCUGCCUUAGAUUAAUUAUUCUGAGUAAUGAUGUAUAAAAUGUAUAUUAGUGGAUAAGUUGUUUCUCAAGCUUGUACUUUAUCAGGUUUCAAGAGGUGGGGGGGAAAGCAUUGUCUUUCUCUACUGUACCAGGAAUUGAAAUGCUAUACUAAUUUGUAUAUAUUCUGUUUAUUUAGUUUCUGCAGCUGUAUUAUGAAUAUUUAAAUAUUGUAUACAAAAGUACUUUUGGUUAUCUGAAUGGAAUUCAGAUUACGUGUGUAGAUUGUGAAAAUAGUGUGGAUAUCACUGUGGGUGUUUUACUGGUUUUAAUUUGAAGAUGCAGUUCCAUAUCUUUCUGGUGUCUUGUGUUUUCCUCUGAUUUUUCUGUACUACAUUUUAUAUAUUUUUUUUCUUCAAGCUAGUCAAAUACAAUGCAAGAAGCUU